AUGACGCAAUUUCACAAGAAACAACAAGCACAAUUAGAUGCUCUUACAAAACAAUUAGCUAAUUCUCAAGUUUCUUCUGUUAAUAGUACUCAAAUAAUUUGUGGUAUUUGUGCAGAUGCUCAUGCAACUGAAGAUUGCUACUAUAUGAGAACACCUGAAAAAGCUGAUGUCAACGGUAUCUGGUAUGAUCAAAAGAACCAGAAUAACUCAGGGAGGAACCAAUAUGGGAAUAACUACAAUCAAGGGUGGAAAAUUCCUAACCAAAAUCCUGGGUUUAGUUACAAAUCAACCCACCAGCUCAACCCUCCUUUGCCAUUGCAACAACAAACUCCACCUCAAGACUAUAUUCAGAAUGCAAACACCUUCAGAGAUGAAACAAGAGCUUCAUUCCGUAAUCAAGAAGCUUCGAUUCGGAACUUGGAAACUCAAAUAGGCCAGCUGUCGAGACAGUUUGCUGAAAGAACCCAAGGCACCUUCCCAAGUAACACAGAUAAAAACCCAAAUGCACAAUGUAAUUCAAUUUUUACCAGAAGUGGGAUCGUGAUCAAACCUGUAGAAAAGCCACUAGUGGAGAAGAAAAAAGAAGUUGAACCUGAAGCUGAAAAGGAGAAAGAAGAAGAUGCAGGAGAAGCUGAAAAACGCAGUCCAAAGUUAUUCAAAUGGGAGAAAAAGAAAGCUCUGGACAGGCAACCAAAAUCGGCAGAUCCGUCUCCAUAUGCACGAGUUCCAUACCCUCAGCGGUUGAAACAUGAGAUCCAGAAACAACAAUACACCAAAUUCCUAGACAUCUUCAAGAAGCUACAAGUCAACAUUCCUUUCACAGAAGCCUUGGAAAGCAUGCCAAAUUAUGCGAAAUUCAUGAAAGACCUUCUUUCAAAGAAGCACAAGCUGAAGGAGUGCGAAUCAAUGGCAUUAAUUGAGGAAUGCAGUGCAAUCAUCUAG